UUUAGUUUUUAAACGUGAACAGUGAAGAUCUAAUUCUAAUUGAAUGAAUCAAGUACGGUGCGGUGGUUGUUUCCGAAAACAUAUUUGUUAUGAACGCAACACGCAAUAAUAUUUGAUCGUUGACCAUUGAUUAAAACAUUUAAAUGUUAAGAAGAUAUUUUCGUUGAGCCUAACUAUUUGACAGUAAUGUGUGCGUUGUUUAUCGAGGUUGACGAGAUUUAUUGUGCAACAUGGCGAUUAUAUUUGAAUGAUAAGUGCACGUCGUUUUGUUAUUAUUUCAUUUGUAUUGCAGGAAUUACAUAUUUUUCCUCACGAUAGUAUACACAAUAUGUAUACACGUUGAUCGUAAUAUUCGUAAUCACGAAUUAAAUUCGUUGUAACUAAGUAAUCACGUUUGAAAAGGUUAAGGACAAUAUAAGAGAAUAUUCUCCUUUAUGUUGAUAUCUUCUCCUGCACGAUAUUGAACCAUUAUUCGUAGUAGGUUAUUUUUAGGUAAUAUUUGGCAACGUUAGCGUUGACGAUACCUGUGAAUAUACAAAUAUGUGUCUUAUUACAGAUUUACAAAUUUCUAAAAAGUGUCUGUUUGUACAAAGUAAUAAGACCAUAACAGGAUAAACUAUGCAGUAUGUGAACCUUUUUACACCUAGCUCAGUGCGUUUCAGGAGUCACAUGACUGUUAAAAGAACUGUAGGCUCAAAUGCACUACGAUAAUUAAAGUGCCAGUAUCGACAGUGUAAUGAACGGCAGUGGAUUCAGAGGAAGAGGCUUUGGACCACGGGGUGCUCGUUCAAAUGGUCCGACCAAUGGCUUUAUUGGACCCCGAUUUCCACAUCCUAAUUUUAAUCAUCCACGAUCAUUACAUAGAUUGUCUGGAUCCGAAAAAUGGGUAGAAGGUCCGAAUUUUGUACCAUGGCAGAAAGGUUUUGUUCCGCGGCCUCAAUAUAGGAGUAAUUUACAAUAUCGACCAACUAGCAGAGGUAGACCACCGAAUAAUCGGGGAAUAUUAAGGUUUUCCGGUCCUGGCAGAGCACCAGCUCAUCAAUUUUGUGCAAGUUUCAUAAGAAAUCCUGGACCCAGGGUACCAUUGCCGCAAGAAGAACAAAUUAUAGAAGAAGAUAAGUCUGUGUUGGUGCCACAAAUUCCUCUACUUGGCUCUGAAGAGGAACGUCAACAAAAAAUUACAGAAACAGCUGACAAAUUGAAGGAGAAAUUAUCUUCCAUAACGGAAGAAGAACUUACAAAUUUUUGGGAAGAUGAUUUGUCUGUAUUACCAAAUAUUGGUUCUGAAGAAAAUAAUACUAAGAACAAAGGUAUUCCUGAGCUCAGACAUGAACCGCCUGAACUUAAUCUAAGUUUUACUGACUUUAGGGAUAUAGGCAGGAUUGAUUGCAAUAAUUCAAAAUUUGACAAUGCGGAAGAUAAAAUUGAUAAUGAUGACAUUACAAUCACUUUUGAAAGUGGAGCUACAAAUUCAAUUACCAAUACAAAUGAUGAUAUUAUUGUAAUAAAUGAAAGUCAAGAAGAAAUCUUGAACAUCUCAGAUUCGGUACAAGAAAUUGACUUGACCGUACCAAAUUUAUCGUUGGAAAAUACUAACUGUCAGAAACAGACCUUUGACGAUUUACCUGAUUCUGGAUGUAAUUUAGAAAACUUACAUUUACAAUGUGAUAAUGUUGCACAAAGUGUAGUAUCUUCAGAUGCAAAUGAUACAGAUAGAACUUUAUCGGUUCCAAAUUUAGAUGAGAACAUAAAUUUUACAUCGAUAGAACCUAUCAAUGAUCUAACAAAUGAAAAAUCACUAGAUUUAGACGAUAUAGAAACGACUUCAAUAUCAGCAACAGUUUUAAAUGAUCAAGAUGCAUCUCAAGUAAACUUCUCACAAAGUCAAAAUACAUUGCAAUCAGAUACACAGGAUAUAGAUACAAGUACUGUUCAGAAUAUUAAUGUAGAUUUACAACAAAAUGAACAUUUCAAAUCAAAUGUACACCAACUACAAGAUCAUGUACAGACAAAUUUAUCUGAAGAAGAAGCUUGUCAAAUUUCGACGAGUACAUCUGAUACUUCUCAGAAUAAUUCAAUAAAAUUUUCACGUCCUAGUGAAGAGAUUCAGGCAAAUAUUGUCUGUGAUUCAAAAUCACCAAUAUGUUCAACUUAUAAUGAAGUACAGAUAUUAAAUAAUCCACCUGCUUAUCAACCAAGGAUAUUUAAUAUACCUCCCAGGUUUGCUCCAAGAAUUCCUGGUCCUAGGUGUCGAUGGUCAUUUCAACAGAAUGGAAAUAAUUUAUUUUUUAGGGGACCACAGAAAUUACCUUUUCAUGGUAAUCGAAUGCCUCCACCAAGACACAUUGCACCGUAUAACAUGACUGAUUUAGUUCCAAUUACAUUUGAUCCACGUGCACCACCACCGUUUACACAUAAUGUACCUGCCUUGAGCCAUGACUCUCAGCACCAUGCAUUAGUGCCAUUCUCUUCUAAAGAUCUGCCACUUACGUUCGAUCCCAGUGAACCUCCACCAAAUAUAAGAACAAUAUCAGUAUCUGAACCAUCUAAUAGGCAAGAAAUUACGCAGACUAUGCCGCCUUUAGAUUCAAGAAACCAAAUAAAAACUACUCCUACAAGUAAUAUAGAAAUUAUGCAAACCCCUGCCUUUGACCCUAGAGAACCACCUCCUAGGAUCACGAACGUAAUUGCGAAAACAAAUGAAACAUUACCUGAGUUCAAUCCUCAACAACCACCACCAAAAAUUCACAAACGAGAUGAAACUCUACAACCACCACCAAUCUUUGAUCCACGACUUUCUUCUCAAGAACGUUCUAAGCUAAUUGCUCCAUUAAAUACUCCCGGAGCCCACAUGAUGGGAAUGAAGUUAAUGGAACCAUCGCAAAUAUCAGUCCUCAAUAUAACGCCUGCUUCAGCAAAUUUUUCACAACCUUUGCCAGUAAAUAUGCCUUCGCAUCAGACUUUCAUGCCUAAUUUACCAGUUAAUUUUCAAUCUGUUCUACCACAGGCAAAUAGCGGACAGGUAAUGGUGCAGGAAUUUGCACUGCCUGUACCACCUAUAAAUAUCACCGAUGUUCCUUUACCUAUACCACAAGAGCCUUUACCAGAAAAAGAUCCUAAUCACCAUCAUGGUAUAAAUAUGGAUGAUGGUCUGGAAGACAUGCAGGAAGCAAUGGAAUUUGCGAAACAAAUAAUGAAUAUGACAGAAGAAAUGAAGAUUAAUCAAGAUGCACCAUCAGUAUUGCCUGAAACAUUGUUUACACCGUCAGAAAUCCCUGUACCAUUCGAAAACAAACCAUGUUUUUCAUCGGCAAAUCAAGCGAAUGUAAAUAUUACAAAGAAACAAAAGAAAAAAGAUAAUAAAAGUAAAAAAAGUAAACACAAUGUAAUUUGUGGACCAGGAUUAAUAUUAGAAAAACAUGAAGAAACUGGAAUAGUAGACGAGGAACAGUGUGUACAAAAUUUAAACAAAAAUAUUGAUGACGCACUAUUGGCUGGUGAUCAAAUACGGCCCAAAGUGGUGUUCAACUUAAAUUCCAAAACAAAGGUAAUACAGAAACCCGAAGAAUGGCACAGAACACCAAUAAACAUUCCUGAAAAUAAGGAAACUUCUCAACAAGUUACAAUUGAAAAUCUUCAUAAAGAAAGAAAACAAUCUAAAAAGCAUUCUGAGCACAAGAGAAAUAAUACAAAUCAAACUAAGAAUCAGGAAAUUGAACACAGUUCUAAAAUGAAUUCAAAGACAUCUAUGGUUGAGAAACCAACCGAUGCAUCUUGCCAUCAGGAUUAUUUAAACGAUUCAGAAAAAUUACAUUUACAAAAAAGUCAAAAAUUAAGAAAUGAAACUAAAAAGACAGAAGCUCCUACCGCGGAAUCUUCUUGGAAGAGCAGAGUAAUCAACCGUUUUCUGAAAAUGAGCAAAAACGAUAUUUGCAAUAUGGUAAACAACUCGAGUCUUCGCAAGUUCGAUAUCGCAAUGAAACAUCUAGUGAAAGAAAGAAGAUCCUCCUUGUCCUUAAAAAUGAGGAACACAGAGGAUGAGAAAAUGAAAGAGUACGAUAGAGAAGAAUUCAUGACUCAGUUAAACGCAAUGUUGGAUCCAGGCGCUGUUGUAGGUAUCACAGAUCUGCCUACAGAAUUUAUUCAUCAUUUGAGUGAAGUUUUGCAGCUAGAUCCCAUGCCAUCUGACAUAGAAUCAUCAGAAAAGCAAAGCGCAGAUAUCGACAAGGAUAAAACUAUAAAUCAAAACGAUACUUCAAGAACACAUACCUCUGAAUAUUUAAACCAAGAAAUCAUAGAAGAACGUCCUUCAGCUGAAUGCACACAACAUGAGAAUAAGUUACUUGAACGCGUGGAAGAAAAGUCUUUCUAUACUAAGGAAGAACCUAGUCAUUAUUCUUUGACUACAGAAUUGAAUUUAAACAUUUCACGGGAAAACACUAAUUCAUCGAAACGAUCAUUGCUGAAUAAAUCAAAUCCUGAACCCGAGAGUACGUAUAAAAUACAACAACCAUUAUUUAACGAAGCAGAUUUAGAUGAUAUAUUGUCGCAAGUCACAGAGAGGACAAAAAAUCAACCUAACACGUUUACAACUUCGAGAGAGCCAAGAAAAUCUGUAGAAACACAUAAAGCUCCUUCGCUGUUGCAAUCUGUGACAAAACCUUUUGAAUGUAACUCAUUCGCGCAAUUUUUUAACACGACGGCGGCUGAUCUUGAUGAUAUUUUUUCAGCUGGAAUUGCCCGAGCUAAGUCACUCAGCAAAAGCGGCGACUCGAUCAAUUCGAGAGCACGUAAAUCCAGCUCCGAGGACCGGAAUACAUUCAGAUCCGAGAAGUAUGAGAAUGUUAAUAGAAACAAGCGAGAGGAUUCGGAUACGUUCAGAUGUGAAAAGUAUGAGAGAUGGAACAGGAAAGAGCGCGAUGAUCCGGAGACGUCCAGAUCCGAGAAGUACGAGAGAUGGAAAAGGAAGGAGCGCGAGGAUCCAGAUAUGUUCAGGAAUUUAACGAAAGAAGAAUGGGAGGCUAAGUACGGGUCGAUGAACACCUCAACUUCGAUCGUUAUACGAAAAAUUUCUUCUAACAGCGCUGAAAAUUUGAGCAGAGACAGCAGAAAUUAUCAGUCUCAAAGAUAUUGCUCGUCGGAUUCGCCUAUGAGGCACUUGAGCAUGAGUCCUACGACACGCGAGAUUCCCGCGUAUAAUCCGGAGAGGUGCAGUAUUAGUCGCUACAAUGAACUGGAGGACCUGCGAAGGGCGGAGUAUUCGGAGAGCAGCACUGACUCUAGCACAAACAGUUCCAGCGACAGCGACGAGGAGGCCGUAUCGACAAAUGUAACGAAAUUGUUGAAGGUGAUCAAGGAGAACGAAAAGAUUGCUAAACAGAAAACGCUGAACGAGACGAUCAGAGACGAGGUCACCGCUGAGAUAGAGAAAAAGUGGAAGGAGAAAAGCAAGUACAGGGACCGGAAGUUCCGGAAACGCGAGAAACGAAAAAGGGACAGGAGGGACAAACGGAAGAGAAAGAAAAGAAGAAAGAGAAAUUCUCAUUCGGAUCUGUCAAAGUCCAGUGAACAGUCGGAGGAGUUUCGGUUGCUAACGGAGGAUGAAAUAAAAAAGGAGGUGGUCGUUAAAGAGGAACCGGAGAGUAUGUUCGAGGAAACCGUUCUUCGAACGUCCAAUAAUGAAAUUAAUACCACUCUCACCGUUGUUCCCGCUGCAAUCAACAAAACGGCCGAAUCAGUUUCGCAGAUUGAAUUUCCAAGCUCGGAGACAGUAAAGCAUCAAGUUCCUGCUAUUAUCUGCGAUAAGAUGCCAUUGCAAGUAAAGAUAAAGUCGACUACUAUUUCUAUGAUGGUGCAACCGAAAACUAAGGCACAACUCAAGCAAAUGCCAGAGUCUGGUGAACCAGAGCGUAAACAAACUAUAGAGAAAUCGAUUGAAAUUGCUAAGAGUACUACUGAUAACGAGAAAAUGAAAGAACAAGCAGAGGAGAACAAAGAUAAAGAAAUAGCUAAAACGAACAAUGACCAGAUAGAUGCUCAAUUACCCACGGAUAACGUUUUGUCUCAAACUAAUACGUCUUUAAAUGUUACAGGACAACGACACACUGAAAUUAUCAGUGGUAACAAUACAGCAAACAUGGUGUCAUGUAAUAUUACAAAUCCUGUUAUUGAAAUUAGUACCAACGUCCAGAACACUGAUCUAAAAGCACUACCAACAAGUAUCCCUUUAACGGAAACUAAAGGCGGCUACAAAAAGAUAGAUAUAAAGGCGUACAAGGAACGUGCUUUACAAAGACGCUUGAAGGAGGAGGCUAAGUUGAAAGAAAAUUCUGGGAUUUCAAUUUCGUUGCCUCACAACUCACAACAUGCUUUGCCAUUAAAUAAGACAUAUAAUGAAACUGAAACAUCAAGUACAAUGGAUAAGUUAAAGGUAACAGAGGAUGUAAGUAAAGCACAGUUGAAGGAUCCACGUUUAACUAAAAUGAAAAUAGCGAAUCAAUCGGUGGCUUCUCCCAAAGAAACUUCCAGCAAAGAAGUUAAAGAAAAAAUUAAUUUGGAAGGAGAACAUCUAUCCACGGACGUCCUUCAAAAUAAUACGGAAUUGUCAGCUUCUGUACAGUCGAAGAGUAUCAACGAAGGACCAACAUCUCGUUCGGUAGAUGUCGAUUUGAAUCCUCUUACAGAUUCCGUGAAAUCCAAGGAUCGUAAAAGCGAUGCUAAACCAUUGCCACAAGAAAAACUAGUUAAUCGUGAAUUAGAAGACCACCGAAUGAAAGCUGCGUCUAGAAUAGAAUUAGAAGAGAAGAAAUCAAAGAAGUCAUCGACUACGGCAGAGUCCACUAAGUUUAAGAAUAUCCGAUCAGAAGGGAGCAAAGAACUGAAAUUGAAGAAAGACAAAAAAUCAACGGAGAAGAAAAAGAAAUCCAUGAAAUCCAAGCCUUUGUCGACAGAGAAAGAUUUGAAACAUUCAGAGGAAACUGAAGAGACACAGAAUCUAUUGGUUCCAGACGCAAACAGUGCCAUUAAGACUGAAAUUGAGAGGGCAAAUAGUUGCGACUCUCGUGAAUCGUUGCAAAGCGAAAAGGUGAACGAAAAUUUGUUAGAAUCUACAAUACAUGCUAAGAGUGUAGUAAUAGAGAAUAGUAUUAACUGCGAAAUGAAUAAGGAGUCGGUUAAUACUCAAUCUAUAAUAGUAGAGGAAAACGAUAAAAGAAUUGUAUGUGAUAACGAAAUAGCAACCGAUAUUAAUGAAAUACUCCCGAAGAAUCAGCAAGUUACAGAUCAAAGAAGAACAGAAGCUGACCAAAAUUCAAAAACGAGAGAAAGUAGUGUUAUGGUGACCGACGAAAAUAGUUCUAAAAGUCUUGAUACAAACGACAUAUCGCCUAAGUGUAUAGCUACCGAACAAUUGAACAAAGAGAAGAAUAUAAAGGAAGAAGUACCUUUUCUUAAUGAUAUUUUAUCAGAUUCCUGCAAUAAAUCUGUGUCAAAUACAAUAGUUUCUACUGAAGAUCCAUAUUGUACGAAUCAAGAAUUACAUUUUUCGUGUUUAAGAAGCGACGAAAAUCUUAAGAAUGAUACAGUGGACAGUAAUUUUACUGUAUCUGCAAAAAUAGACUUAGAAAUUAUUGGUGAGAGUAGUACAAGUUUAAAAGCAAAAGUAAAUGUCGGUGAUCAGAAUGAGAACAAAUCUACACCUCUGUUGCAAGAUUUACAGACCUUGGAUGAUUGCAGUAAAACUGAAGAAAGUGAAGUAAGAUCCCCCGAUAGUUCAGGCAGUCCAUUCAAAGGUUUCCUUUCAGAAUCCAUCGAAGACGAUAUUCACAAAGUGUCCCAGUUAUAUACCAUAGAGAUGAGCGAUGGGGAUUCCAAAGAAAUUGCAACAGAAGGCACAGAGGAAUGGCUGAAGACGCGUCUUAAUGACAGACUCAGUACAGAGGCAAGAAGUGACGAUAACGAUGAUGAGAACAACCCUUCCAUGGAAAUGAAAGAAACAAAUGAACCAACAUCAGUUUGCGCAUCAGUGGAAAAUAAAUCAAGUACCACUGAAAAUAUCAUUGCUUACAAACCGUGUAAUCGUUCUAGUGUUGUAAAUAACAUUGAGACUGUUGUAAGAGCGUUAGAGACAAGGGACAAGGAUAUACCAGAGGAAUUUCACACUUGUAACAUUAAUAUGCGCCGGAAUGACGUUUCACCAAUGCUUGACUUGGAUAGCCAGGAUACGUUUGACGAGAAUGGUGAACCAUUCAUUGUUUUGGACGAAUACAUAGAUGAUACAGAUGGUAGAUCGAUUGAAAAAUUGAGCACACUUGAUUUGGAUCUAGAGGAUUGUAUUGCAAGGGAGAUGGAUAUAUUUUCGAGCAGACCUUUGCCAGAAGUAGAGAACUCGAUGGAUAAUGUUAAGUCAUCAGACUUCAACUCGAUAAGUUUCAAAGAGCUAUCAAAAGUCUUUGAUACAAACGACGUGACGACUAUAAAGGGACAGGAGAAACCUACAUCUAUUGAAACAAAUUCUAACAUAAUGGAAUUGUUUACUGAUGAAAAGAAAAAUAUUGUAAACGUUGCAACCACAACUUCUUCUGAAUCUAAUGCUGAUUCUAAAUUGAUGGAUCCAGUUGAGCCAGAAGUUCUAACAGAAUCAUCACGAACAAAUGCACCUCCUGUUAAUGAUAUUCUUAAGGAAUCUCAAACAUCUGAUUUAUCAUGCACAGAAAUGGAAAAGACUGCACCGAAAAGUUUUUGUCCCAUUGAUGUACCAAGAAAUAACUUACAGCAUGAUGCUAAAAUAUUGACAGAUUUAAAUGUAGCGAAACCUGCCUUAUCGAAGUCAUCGGAAAAUUUGUCUUUAGUUACAUCAUCACCGUCUGAAGUGAAUGUUGAAUUUCUAAAUGUGGAUAACAAAACUCUGAAAUUGAAUAAAGGAACUUUUGAAACAAAUAAGGACACUGUAGAGCUGCACAAGACAAUUGCAAAAUCGAACAAGGAAACUUUAAAGCUGGACGAAACUGCAGAGUUGAACAAGAAAACGUUGGAGCUGAAUAAGGAGACUGUAGAAGUGAACAAGGAAACUUCUGUGUCGAAUGAGAACACUUUACAGUUGAACAAAGAUGCUGCAGAAGCGGAGGAAGAAACUUCAGAACUGAACAAGGAAACUGUAGAUGUGAAUAACGAAAUUGCAGAGGUGGACAAGGAAUUUUCAGAACUGAAUAAAGAAACUUCAGCAAACAAUAAGGAAACUUUAGAGUUGAACAUAGAACCUAACAAGAAACUAGACCAUAGUCCUGAAAAUAAGAUAAUUUCUACCUUUUCUGAAACACCUAUCAAUAAAGAUGCAUACUUUAAUCUAGUUGUAAAACAAGAGAAAUCGAAACAGUUGAUUGAGCUAGUAAUGAAAGAGCAAGAAAUUUCUGGUAAAUCUGAUAAAAGGAAGGAAAAUAAAACCUUACAUAAGAUGAAAAGCAAGCACAGUAUGAAACACAAACAACAGAUGAAAUGUAACAUUUCUAAGAAAGCAAUAAAAGAGGCAGUGCGGUCCGAUAGCGUGAAAGUUAAACAUCCAACCACCAAGGAGGCUAUUAUGGCUAGAAUGAUCGAGAUCGACGUUGAGAUUCACAAACUAAUGACUGAAAAGAUGACCUUGUAUCAAAAGCUGAGGAACAAUGCUUUACCAACCAAUAGUGAUUCGCAAGCAAACGACACAAUAAAUGAUAACAAGGAACUCGAAACUGCAGUAGUUGGACCAAGAACUCCAUCUGCAUUAAUGUCACAAUUAAUUCAGAAUAUAGAUGCUAGUCCUGUAACGAAUCAAUGUGCCAAAACGACCGUAGAAAUUGUACCCUCAAAGGAUAGCUCGAUUAAUCCUGUACGGAUAAAUAAAUCUGAAGUAUCCAAACAUGAACGUCAUGCUGAAAAAAAGACAAAUUGUAUCUUUGCCUAUGGUUCUGACAAUGAACAGAUCGUACAUCCUGCUACAGAUACCAAAGCUGCAAGUUUUAAAAGAAGGAGAAGGCAUAGAGGGACUGAAAGAGUGGUUAAUUGGGAGUAUAAACCAGCCAAGGAUACCUCAUCGACUACAAUAAAAGAGAAGCAAUCUAUCGAUGCAGCAAAAUCGUUAUCUAAAAAGACCAGUACAAAACAAGAAGUAAUGAAACAAAAUUCUAGUCAGGAUCCAACAUAUAAAAUUAAAUCUCAAGAAGAGUCAAACGAUGUAUCUAAGGAUUUACCUCUGGAUGAUAGAAUAGAGGCUUGUAACGCUGGAGCAAGUGAACAAAUUUCUGAACAAAUAGAAUCUCAAGUGUGCUGUGAUGAAUAUAAACCAACAGCGAUGGAGCAAGUUGAUGAAACUGUUUCCUCGUUGAAAGAUAAUGAAGAUGAAACAGAAGCGUUAAAUGAUACGGAUACGGCAAGUUCGGUGACAAAAGCAUUGGAGAAUAGAACACCGGAGAGAUCAUCGAUAUAUUCGGAUGACAGUACUUGGGACUCCCUUCUACAAACACCAAGCGACGAUCAAAAGAAGCCAGCUACUGGUCUCGCUCUUCUGGAAGAAACGUAUAGGAAAGAAAUGGCAAAAACGCGAAGAAUAAGAAUCGAAGCGCGAAGAAGAAGAAAGCAAAAGAGAGCGCGAUGCCUGCCGCAAACCGUGAAUACUCUGACACCUGAAGAGGAGGAGCUACCAUUGUCUACAUUGUAUGUGAAGAAAGUACAUAAAAAGAGGAAGCUGCUGAACUUUCUGGAUGAACAACUAGAGAAAACGGACAGUAAUCAACAACUUUGGAAGAAUGUGGAUGAAGUAAUAAAUGCUGUGGCAGAAAACCGAACAGAAAGUCUUUAUACAGAAAAAUCAGGACAGUUAUCAAGCGAAGAUAAGCAAAACAAAAUGCCUGAUGUGGAUUAUGCGUCCAUAAACAAGGAGCAAGCGAAUGAUUCAGAAGCAAACCUUGAACCUAAAUCAUCAAAAGAAGAGAAGCAAAUGGAAAUCUUGUCUAUGUUGAAAAAUUUUAAAGAAGUUUCCAUCGAAUUGUCUAGCAAUUCUAAUGUUCCAAUUCCUUGUGAUGGCAAAGAUAAUGCGGAUAGUAAUCUACAAUCAGCGAUUUCUUUUAGUAAACCUCGAAAUCUAUCAGACAAUGAAGGACAAGCUCAUCCAAAUUUGGUUAGUGUAGAAUCACUAAACAUGGAAGAUUCAUCUGGUGCAUCUGUAAUUAUCGAAACGAAUGUAAUAGAACCUUCUGUACAGCAAAUCGUGGAAGAUAACGAUGUAGAGACCAGUAAAAUAAUCUCAGUUGAAAGUUCAGAUGCAUGUACUAUGAAAUCAAAUACCAACACUACACAGAAUAAUCAAAAUAUUUUAAACAUUCCAGAAGCAAAUUUGGAUACAGAGAGAACCAAAAAUUACAACACGGAUAAGCCGAACAAGGAAUCUAAUUUACAAGAGAACAUUGUUAACGCCGAGAAAACCGUAUCAUUAGACACCAAGCAAGUGAUAACAGUGUCUGAUGAUACUAAAAGCAACCAUGACAGUUCAUAUGAAUCCAGCAAUUAUGAUGAUGUGGCAACGACAAGCGAGAUUACCACGUUCACUACGAGAGAGAAUGCCAAUGCCGAAAUAGAAAUCUUGGAAGAAGAUUUAUACAAAGAUUCUUUGUUAAACCAAGACGCUCAGUUCAAGAAUGACGAUACGAAUGGCAAAGAUGAAUUCUUCAUAAGUAUAAAAGAGCAGAAAGUACCGCGUAAAAGAAGAGAAUCCGAACGAUCCAACAAAUCCUCGAAUGAAGAAAAUGAUAACCGUAAUCGUAUAACUAUACUUUCUCUUGCUGAAACGACAGACGCGUGUCAAAUCGACGAGGCGUUCAGCAAAAAGUUAUCUAAACGCAGAAGAGAAAACAGCAAACCGCCUCUUCGGAGAAGUUCGAGAUACACGGAAGAGUUUACGAAACACAUAAAACUCGAGGCUGACGGAAAUGUACAGAAUGCUGAUCAAGAUCUACAGAUUCUAAGUGUAUCGCCCACGCCGUCAUUGUACGAGGAAGCUGAAAAUGUUCCGACGAAUGUUAAAAAAAUUCGUAGCGUUGAAAAACCAAUGACGAAUAGGAAACGAUAUAUGCAUGAAGAAAUUGAAAUUCUCUCGAAUUCAUCAGGUUCAAGCGACGAGUCGAAAUAUAUUAACAAAAGACGUAAACUCACGGUGCUGGAAAUGAUGAAUUGCACGGUGAAUUUGGUGGACAGUAAGCACACGCUCUUAAAACCGGAUGUAAAUCCUAACUUGCUACGAAAGUUUGGAAUUUCAAAGAUUAAUCCAUAUGUUCAUCCUCGCUCUGUUCAAGUACCACCUAGCCCGGACCACCAGUCUCGUGUAAAAUCUAUGCAAUCAACGUCAACCAAAGAUAUCCCGAGUCCCAUGAGACGGACCUCAACGCCUGAACUUUUACAAGGACAGUCUUCUAAAUUGGUUAACAAACCGGAUAAUGUAAUGCGAUCCAUGGACGAUCAAAUUUACAUAAUCAAAGUUAAGAAGGGACCGAAAUCUAUGAACAUUGAUUUACCUGAAAACGACGAAGAAAGGUGUUCAGAUACAGAUAUCGAAGUAAUGCCAAUUUUGACGAAAGAGCAAGUUGUCGUGGACAUUUCACACGAUCGAGAGAAACCGGAUAUCGAGAUCGUGGAGGAGAAAACGAUAGUUACCAAGAAUCAACAUUAUAGUGAUUCUGGAUCAACAUUGACUGUGAUAGAGACGAAGGACGAUAAGGAACUACCAAGGACACAGUAUACAGUCCAUAAAGGUCCUAUUUUAGAUAUUAAGGUUUUUGAGAAUUCAUUUCUAGCUGCAAGCGAAGAUGGCAGGAUAUAUAGAUACAGCCAAUUGUCUAAUGGAAUAUUGAACAUCUAUAAAGGCCAUAAAGCAGCGGUAACUUGUUUAUACGUGUACAAUACAAACGUUACAGACAUUGACAAAGAAUGGAUGUUCUCUGGUUCGUUGGAUGGAACUUUACGGUGUUACAAUGUGACUAGUGGACUACAAAUCAGAGACACAGCGGAUGUAGGUAGUCCAAUACAGUGCAUGGAUGAAGCAUGGGGAAUAAUAUUCAUUGGUACUAAAUCAGGCCAUGUAUCGCGUUACCAUGUGAAGUCAGGUGUUAUCAGAGGAAAUAGCAUACAAUUCUCGGAAAAAUCUGUGCUGGCUUUAAAAGCAACUAACGAGGGUCCACGAAGAGUUCUUAUUGUAGCAUCGCGUAGCCAACCGAUAACAAUACGAGAUGCUCAGAACGGCCUAUUUCUUCGCACGAUUUGUGGUCAAAAGAAUCAUACAGUGUAUAGUCUAAUGCGUGAUAAUAAUCUGAUUUACUGUGGUACAAGUACCACAUCUAUACUUGUCUUUGAUUUUACGAAUGGUGAUCAAAUGAUGCAAUAUGACGCUGGAGUAGGAAUCGUGUGUAUGCAAUUAUACAAACAACUAUUAUUCGCUGGUUGUUACGACGGAAAUAUUUACGUGUUUGAUACAAAGGAUCAUCGACUCGUAUGCAGUAUACCUGGUCCUGGAAAUAUGUUAUUAAGCAUGGAAAUUAUAGACAAUAAGAUUAUAGCCGGUAGCAAAGAUAAACGUUUGCAGUCAUGGCAAAUGUCACGUCCAGUACAAGCUUUACUCUAAAAGUUGGAGAACCAGGCUUGAACUGAUACAUCUUACUCUAGUCGUACUCCUAAGAAAGACUAAUGAAUCACUUUGGAGUACAUCCUAUCUACAAUAAAAACUUCUGUGAAAUGAUUGUACAGAUUGAGAGGACUUAAUUUGUAAUAUAUAUAAAUAAUCUUAUUUACGAAAAAGUGCACAUAAACAAUAUAAAUACAUUUGUACAGAAAAGUAGAUAAAUUAAAUUAUUGAUAUCGUGAUAAGAUUGAAGUAUUUCCCAGUACUGAGAAUUAUGUUAGAGUCCUGGCUGUAAAAAAAACGGUAGAAAAAUCUUUAUUCCAUUUUAUCGACUUGCGCUACUGAGGGCAAAGCCUCUUGUGCCUUGUGCGCGUUGCAAAAUAUUUUUGGUUGGUAAUUUUAAAUAAAAAUACAAAUAACACGAGCGCGACUGCAAUAAAGUGCACGCACCCCUUCAUCGUCCAAAAUACUUGAACCUUUGCACUUGAUUUUUCUUUGUACCUGCAUACCAUGUUUGGAAAGUAAACCACGAUGUUUUAUUAUGAUAUUACAUACUUACUAAGUAGUACCACGAUAAUUAUAAGUAGUAGGAUUACUUAAUCGUAUUUGUUAUUUUAUAUCAAAUUCAUCGGUGGCUUAUAAUUUUUUAUAUUUCGUUUGAUAAGUGCAAAGGCUUGAGGUGUUUAAUGUCAGCUAAUAUAAAAAUAUUAUUUCUGUAAUAAGAAUAAUGUUUUUAAUUCCAUCGAUAGA